ACACAUUUUCUACCUCCCUUUCCAUAAUGAUAGAAGAGUGGGAUAGCCAAACGGAACAGGUUGUUUACAAAUAUUUUUCAUUUCGUGAGAUCAACAGGGAAAGGAGAUAGAAUGGAUUAAGACAUGAGAUAUAGAUGAAAUGGAAGAAAGGGGGUCCAAGGUUGUUGUGGCAGGAUGUACAAAUGACUCCUCAAGUGACGACACAUGUUUUGACGAUAGAGCAACAAAAAGGCGUCCAUGUUCACGUAAACUGUCAUCCAUGCCAGGGGAAAAAUAUUUAUGUCAAAAAAAUUCCGCAGAUCACAACUUUAGUAGUGAGUCUAACGAUGGAGGGAUAGGGUCUAUGGACUCCCGCGAUGACAAUCAUUCAGAAUCAGAAAGUGAAAUAAAUAUUCAUGAAGUCCCAUGUGUUUGCAAAGGUUGUAGUCGGAAAAGUGAUGAGGAAUUUUAUUAUUUACAGUCCACCCCACAGUAUUUACAUGAUGGCAAGGCUUGUCAUUCAGAUCAAAUGGAAUGGAAAUUCCAGUCUCCUUGCGCCAUAAACUCCUGGGGACACUUUUGUCAAAGUCGUAGAGAUUUAUAUAAAUAUCGUAGGAGUGACUAUUCUAGUGAUAGUGAUGAAGAAUCAGUCCCAAGGUUUAACCAAAUUAGUCCAGAUUCAGAUGGUUGUGGAAAACCAAGAUCUCAUUUACCAGUUUGUGAUAGUCUGUCUGAUGUACCAUUAAAAACAGUUGUAAAAGGUUCAUCCAAGACGGACCUCCUGAAAAACCUUACAUCACGUCCACAAGAUGGUAUUAAGCCUCAUGUGUUCAAAGAAAAGUUUGCUACAAUAUUACGUUGGUAUACUGAAUGCAGUGAUGACCAGAAGAACACGGUAUUAAAAGGUUUACUGAUGUACUGUGAUUUACCCCAAAUGCAUCUUCUGUCAGUGAAAAUGGCUCCAAAUCUCCAUAGAGGUUGUCCAACUAACUGCCAAGAUAUUCUGACAUGGCUGCCAACCAGCUUGGCUCAUAAAAUUAUGUCUUAUUUUGAUCCAGUAACAUUAUGUAAGGCAGCCCAGGUUUGUUGCCUCUGGGGACAGCUGACAGAAGAACCUUCACUAUGGAGAAAAUUUUGCUGUCAACAAAAAUGGCGGCUCUCAAAGGCUGCAGAACACAAACAAGUGAUCAGUCACAUGUCACCAGAAGGAAGUAUCCAGUGGAAGAAAGUAUUUGCUGAGAGAUAUAGACUGAGACAGAAUUGGUUAAAUGGUAGAUGUACUGUUAGAACAUUUGAAGGCCAUAGUCAAGGUAUAUCUUGUGUACAGUUUGAUGACACUAGAAUUGUGAGUGGUUCAUCUGAUAAGACAAUCAAGGUUUGGAAUAUAAGAACCAAUGCGCCAUGGUCAGUACAGACAUUGGUUGGCCACAGUGGUACAGUAAGAUGUUUACAUCUGGAGGGAAAGCGUUUAGUCAGUGGGUCGACUGAUAAAACUAUAAAAGUAUGGGAUUUAUCUACCCAAGAAAGUUGGUCUAGCAUUGCCUGUAAAGUAACUAUGGUUGGACAUGAAGAUACUGUUAGAUGCAUUCAGGUUGAUGAUGAUAAAGUGAUUAGUGGGUCUUAUGAUUUUACUAUCAAAGUUUGGGAUUUGAAGACGGGCAACUGUAGAAAUACAUUGAGAGGGCAUCAAGCAGCUGUUUUAUGUAUACAAUUUAAUGAGACAAAGAUUGUAUCAGGAUCAUGUGACAAAACAAUCAAGAUAUGGAGUUAUGAGGGAGCCUGUAUCAGAACAUUGACAGGUCAUCAGGAUGCAGUAACUUGUUUACAGUUUGAUUCUACAAGAAUUGUUAGUGGCUCAAUGGACUGUAAUUUAAAAAUGUGGGACAUACACAGUGGUGACUGUAUAAAUACCAUUGACUGGAAAGCAUCUGAAGGCCAUACAGGUGUUGUCAGAUGUUUACAAGCAGACAGCUGGAGACUUUGUAGUGCAGCAGAUGACAAGACUAUCAAAGUAUGGAAUCUACAGACUGGUGAAAGAUUGGUGACAUUGCGCAAUCACACAGAUGGUGUUACAUGUUUACAGUUCAACGAUUUUAUAAUUGUUUCAGGGUCAUAUGAUAAGACUGUUAAGUUGUGGGAUUUUAGCUGCUGCUAAAAAUACUGCCAUUUAGAUCAAAGAAUAUUUAAAGCCAGUAAUUUUGGUUUACUUACUCCAGCUGCUGUUUAAUGUAAUACUGCCAUACAAUAAUAUCCCACUUCAACCUAGUGACCUCACACAGGUUUAAAUUAAAAUUUGUGUAGCGAUGAAACACAUUUCUUGUUUAGAUACAUAAACCACUUACUUAGUAAAAGUUGUUUCAAAUUGCCAGUUUUUGAAAGCAUUGUAUUUAUUUUCAAAUUUUUCUGUAAAAUUACAACCAAGUUAACAUCAUUGAAAGAUAAAACCAAACUUGUCAGAACUGAAGGAGGCAGUUUAUCUGUACUAUAGUGCUAAGGACCCAGUAUGUUCUCAACAGUAAUGUUUACAAUUCACAUGCACCUUACUUAAAAAUACAUGUAUUGAAUAUUUUUGUGGUGUGUGGAAAAUAAUAAAAAUGUAUACGAUUUUACAUGUGUUUCAGAAAUGAAAAAUGGAAAAUUUUUGUUAGGUGAAUUUCCCUUUUUUUUAAGAAUAGGUACAAAAAAAUACUUCAUGAAUAUUAUUUUUGCAGUAUACGGAUAAAAAAUUAACAACAAUAUGAUAUUUUAUUUAUAUGGAGGCAACUAUAGCUAAGAGAUUAUGCGGUCAGUAAUGUGAGAAAUUUAUUAUGAAAUGAGUUCAAAUUUAAUCUUUCAACUUUGCCAAAUUUAUAAACAGUAAAAAUAUUUCCUUAGACUUAUUGGAGUUCAGUAACAGGAAAAAUUUACUGAUCACUGAAUUCUAGUUAGAUAGGAAUUAGCCUAGAGCAGGGGUAUAUUUAACAUUUUGCAUAGUAAUUUAUAGAAAAGAGGCAAUUAAACUGUUUUAAGAUUGAUAGAUCAGUAAAAUUAGUCUUGUGAUGACCAACACUGAUCAAAUUCAUCAGCAUUAGGUGUUUACAAUCUAGUCCAGGUUUAACCAAUAUAUGUUGUAAACUUGAGUCAUGUAAAUUAAUGCAUAUAUUUUCUUGAUACAUUGUCAUAUACUUACUUCUUGUCUAAAUAAAAAUAAAUUUUUAUUUCUAAUUAUUAUUUAAAAAGGUUAAGGUAACUUUAUUAACACUUUAUUUUUAUAUGCAUACAGAUAUAAUUUUCUUUUCUAUGGUACAAAGAAAUUGAAUUGUGUUGAAGUUAGAAAAAGAGUAUGAUUUUAAAUUCCAUGUGCAUGCAAAGUACCCACGAAGAGUAUGCUCAAUUCCCAUGGCCUUUUAGUUAUAGAUUUCAUAAAACAUAAAUGUUCAUAUGAAACAAUUGUACAAAUGUUAUUUAUUUUUUUGAAAGAAAAAUUUAUUUUUUUUAUGUCCCACCUAGAGGCAUUAUGUUUUUUUGGUCUGUGCGUCUGUUCGUCUGUCUGUCCCGCUUCAGGUUAAAGUUCUUGGUCAAGGUAGUUUUUGAUGAAGUUGAAGUCCAAUCAACUUGAAACUUAGUAUACAUGUUCCCUAUGAUAUGAUCUUUCUAAUUUUAAUGCCAAAUUAGAGUUUUGACCCCAAUUUCAUGGUCCACUGAACAUAGAAAACGAUAGUGCAAGUGGGGCAUCUGUGUACUAUGGACCCAUUCUUGUUUUUUCUAAAUUGCAAGUUUAUUUCAAAGUAUAAAUUUUUCAGAGGGAAUUCAAUGUCAGAAGGUUUUCCAGUGUUUUAAAUCUUUAUGCCAGAAGUGUUUUGGUAAUUUUUAUUUUUGAAUGAUAACUUUUAUAAUUCUUAUUAGGUAAAUUAUAACUGUCAUAUACAAGUGUAAGGUUUUGCACAUUGUUAAAGCAGGUUCUACCCUACACUUUAACAUUGAAAGUACCAAUACUAGAUCAGGAAUAUGACAGAUUUUUUUAAAAUCUGUUUUUGCAUUGUACUUCGUUGUUUUUGCCAUUGAUUGGUUUUUAGAUACUUUCUAAAAGAUAAGUGUAUUUUUUAUUACCUGUAAUUUACCUUCAGAAUUCUUAGUCAAAAGAUGUAUGAUUUUUUUCAUACAAAAAACUUUAAAAUUUAUUAAAAAAAAAAUGAUAAUUACUGUUAGAAAUUCUUUUACAAGUAAUGGAGUUUUGGUACAUGUACCUUAUCAUAAGUAUAAAAACAUGGUUAGCUGUAUCAUAAUAGUUAUUCUCAAGUCUUGCAACAAAAGAAUACAAGUUUGUCAAUUUAAAUUACCGGUACUGGUUCUUAGUUAUGUUUUGAGGUGUUGAAAGGUCUUGCUUGCAUUUUAAACAGUUUGAAAUCGUGCCAGCAACAAGCAAUUUCACUUUUUGCAACUAUCAUGUAGAUUAAAGCCAAUAGAAAACAUUAUUUAAUGCUAAAUCGACACAAAUGUAUAUUUAGUCCCUUUUAGAGAAGAACAUUGAUCUGUGAUGACAUAUUGUCUCUUUUCAUUUUAUUUUUGUUUUGUUUUGUGAGAGAAAAAAAAUCUUUUCUCAAUAUAAAUUUGUCAUGAGAAUUGGCAUAACUUAUGCACUACUUUUUCUGUUUUAUAAAUCAAUAUAUACCAAAUUUGGCAACAGUUAACAAAAAAAAAAUAAUAACCCCAGGGAACAUUUCCGUGUUAAAGUAUUAGAAUAAUAUUUCUUGUAAUUACUUCCCCUUAAUUUACCAUGUGAAUUUUUUGUAACAUGUAGAAUUAUCAAAAUAUGUUUUUUUUAUUGAAAAAAAAAAAAUGUUUUCAAAAUUGCCAGUUCAUUUUAGAUGGAUAUAAUAUUAAUCUAGAUAACCAUGGGAGUAUGCAUGUAAUGACUGUCCCUAUGAAAUGCUAUCCUGUGUGUUUUAUAUUCACAACUCAACAUUUAAUAUAGUGUACAGAUUACACAACACAUUUUCAGAUUGUGAACUGUGUUUACCCAUUGUAGUAUUCAUUGUAAAUGAAUUUAAUGAUGAAUUCAUUUAAAGAUUAAGGCCAUUUUAUGGAAUUUCAUUUUUUUCUGGUAAGGAUGAAACAUUAAGCAUAAUAAGUGAAAAUAUUAAUGCUCAUCUGACCAAUGAGAUAUCAAUACUUAAUUUAAUCUUCCACUAUUUAUUAUUGUUAUCAUGUCGAUCCCAGAACAGUAUCUUUGACAUGCUGUAUAAUAGUUUUACUCAUUAUUAUGUUAACCAAAUUAUUUCUAAUAUAAAAAUGCUGUAAAAACUUUUAGUAGUCCUGACUUCUUAAGAAGGACUAGGCUACAGAAAAUUAUUUUUUACAUUAUUAACAAAACUACUGGUAUUUCAAUAAAAUCAUUUGAAAAUCUAUUUAUAAGAAAUAAUUUAAAUUAUGAAGUGAAAUAUGACUUAAAGUUUUAGGAGGGGAUGUUGAUCUAAAAGUUCAUUUUCUUGGUUAUUAUAUACAGUGUAUUUGUACUGGUUUCUUAUUGAAAUCACUACCCAGAUAGCAGUCAGUAAUACAUGUACAAUGUGUGUGUAUUUAUGGGUAUCAGAAACACAUGGUUGUGUGAUUUUAUACCACUUUAUUAAAAUUUGUUUUUUUAUUUAAUGAUAAAAUGUAUUGUACAGGUAUAAAUAUAUAAGGUGUCUUUCCAACUGACACUAAUAUUAUUAAAAACGAAAUAUUUAGCUGAGAUGAACUGGGUGUAGACUAUACUUACAUCUAUAAAUGGAUGCAAAAGGUGGAUGGCAUUGUAAAAAAAAUUAAAUAUCCUGUUAACUCAAUUGAAAAUACAGAAUAGACAGACUAAAUCUGGUAUAUAUAUAAGUACAACUUACAUAUUCUAUCACAUACAAUGCAUAUUUUUAAUAUUGUAAUGAAGUUAAGUAUGCAUUUAAUAACAAAGUUAAUUUAAAAAGCAGAAAAUGAACACUAAAACUCAAGUGUAUGUAAAUGUGAAUUCUGGGCCAUUUAUAGCUUACAAAACACAGUAUGGGUUUUGCUCAUCGUUGAAGGCUGUUUGGUUACCUAUAGUUGUUUACAUCCUCUUCCUUGGGUCUCUUACAUAUUCUAUCACAUACAAUGCAUAUUUUUAAUAUUGUAAUGAAGUUAAGUAUGCAUUUAAUAACAAAGUUAAUUUAAAAAGCAGAAAAUGAACACUAAAACUCAAGUGUAUGUAAAUGUGAAUUCUGGGCUAUUUAUAGCUUACAAAACACAGUAUGGGUUUUGCUCAUCGUUGAAGGCUGUUUGGUUACCUAUAGUUGUUUACAUCCUCUUCCUUGGGUCUCUGGUGGAUAGAUGUCUCAUUGGCAACCAUACCACGUUUAAACAUGUUUUCUAUAUCAGAGAACUUAUCAGACAUUUACUGAAGCAGGAGAAAUGAACAAUAUUUUGUUAUUGCAUUCUAUGAUAGAACAUUUGUUGACUUUAAAUUCAGAAGUUUUAAGGAAACAUUGUAGUGAUUUCAGUUAUGCUUAGUCUACACCCAUUCAAUGGAACUGAGAAACAGUUGUUUAAAACCUGUCCACAUGACACAACAAAAUUUAAUUUGAUAUCAAUACUGGUUUGGGUUCACACAUAUUCUGUUUUUUUUUUUAACAAUUAAACAAAAUUUAUUGCACAAUUGCUGUUUUAAAUUGCACCCAGAUUACAGCGUUAAGUCUGGAUACCCCUGUGAUGAGUUACUGAACUUCCAGGGAAUAAAAGUUCAGCAAACAAAUUCAAAAUGUUGAUUUUACAAUUUAUUACAUUAUUUCAUUCAUAAACAUUGUUUUAAAUAUAUUUCAAAAUUGGUGUAGCAUAUUCUGGAUUAACUGCAUAUUUGUGAAUCUGGAAUCAAAUCAUUUGAGGUAGCUAGUUUGACAUCUAAUUUCAACUAAUAUCAGAUUUCAUUCUAAAAUAAAUAUAUGUGCGAAUGCAAAUGCAUAUUCUAAUCCAGAAUAUAUCAACCACAUGCAUGCAUUAUUAUUCUUUUUACUUGUAUGUAGAAUUUAAUCUAGAAUUACAACUACACAUUCAGAACCAAGUGUGAACUCAAACUUCCUUCAAUUUGUAUAUGAUAAACUGAGAUAUUCAUCUAAUUUCAUAAUUAACCAUUGAAUCUAGCAUGCGAGUGAGAAACAGAUGUUUGUUACUUAAUUGUUGAUUAAUCAAUUCAUAACCUUUCCAAAAACCAAUCAGAGAAUUUCUUUUGAAUGUUAUUUUUAUAUAUGUUAAAUGUGUAGCACGAUAUUAGAUUUUAUAUUUAAACCAUUGACCUCACUGUAUGUACUAAAACCAACAUAUAUCAUUAUUGUGUGUACUGUUAUUGUUAAGUCGGUUGUGAUUACUCUUACAUGGUAACCAUGUAAUAUUUAAACAUAUUGCCAUAUUUUAUAUGUUUACAAUUCUUUUUCAAUAAAACAGAUUUAAAUCAG